UAAGUUUCAGUUUCUUUAAUGAGUUAAGGUUGGUUGUUUCCUUUUUAGAAUACGGACCCUGGAGCUUCCCAUUUCGCAUCUUUUAUUUACCAAGAGGCCAAACGUGCCAUGUUUGGGUUUAAAAACAAUUAUUCAGAAUCCUUAGUUGUAACCUGGCCAGGAAGUGAAAAUGAUCUCACGUACCCUGUUGUUCAGUGCAGUUCUCUUCCUAAUAUUUCUCUAAGUUUUUCUCAUGGACUAGCUGAUAGCCGUCGUAGUAUAUUGUCUUCUGGCAUUGGUAUAUCAUCCGAUCACCACUGGAUGGCUGUUCCGGAUAGUCUUGGAAGAGUGCUUCUCAUAGAUACAUAUAAAGAACGUGCUGUUCGUAUGUGGAAAGGAUAUAGAGAUGCUGAAGUUGCUUUUCUUGAAGUUACUGAUUCAGAGACUCUUUAUGUCAGCAGCCAUAAUCAGCCUAAUAAUGCAGUUAGAAAGACACUCUGUUUACUUAUUCAUGCUCCACAUCUUCAUUUAUUGGAGUUGUGGUGUUUAGUUCACGGUCCUAGAGUCGUUUCCUGGGAUGUAGUAGAACCAGUUCGCCUUAUUCAAACGGAAUGUCAUGCCUACAGUUGUCUACGUGAGUCGAACGAUUCAAAGCCUAAGUUUAACCAAGUAGUCCUGAUAGAUGGUUCUGGUCGCGUUUAUUCUAUCAGUUUGAAUUCUAGUUUGUGUUUAUCAGAAAAUAAUACGGAGGCUGCAGUAGAUUACCGAGAAUAUAAAAUACUUCAAAGAGUCUAUGAAACCUUGGAACAAUAUGGUAAUAAUUUAACAUUAGAUCAGUUCUCGACUGGGCUAUCUGAUCUUCUGAUUCAAUUUGAAACUAUGCAGUGGUGUGAACGAGCUCUUAUCCAUGUACUAAGUCAUCCUAAUCUUAGCCCUCAUCUAAUUUUGGAUAUUAUAAAGCGCUGUAUUCAGUCAAUGACGAGUGAUGAGGAUACAAGCAAGCAGUUUAAUGUAAUGAAUAUCAAAAUAUGCAAAAAUGUGGAAUAUUUAGUCAAUUUCUAUCUCACCUUUCAUUCUUUUUAUGAUCGUGAUGAUACUGGGAUCGAAGAAAGAUGUGUAUUCACUAAGGAAUCUUUCAACUCAUGUAUUGAGUUUAUAGCUGAUUUACUGAGCUGGGAUCCAGAAGAUGCAGGACGUUGUUUACAACAAUAUGCAAUUUGUGCAUCAGUUCUGGGUACUGCUACUACUGUUGUUAGGAAACCACUUCCUAUUCAAUCAUUCCUUAAUUCAUUCCAUUAUGCUUUUGUUACAAAUACUGACGGAGAGAAUACCUCAACUGAUUCAUUGGGAAAUGAUAUCCAAGAAUCGAAACAACAUCUUUUGCCAAGAAUUCGUUCAGAUAAUGCACGCAAAACGUUGACAACAAUUGGAUGUGUCAUUUUUGAAGCAUAUAUAAAUGGCCUGCAAACAUUCGACUCCUUACGGAAGAUCGUGGAUUCGUCUAAUUUAGAUCCAAUAUUACUUUUGUUUUCUUUCGUCUUGUUUAUACUAAAUGAGGACAAGUACUUAAAUUUGCCAAUUUUAAUCUAUCGGAUGCAUCAUAUAUUCUGUUAUAUGCUGUAUCGAAUUCUUCUUGAACUAUUGUCAUCAUCAUCGUCAUCCUCAGAAGGAGAGAACAAAGAAGAAGAGGACGAAGAAGAAGGAGGAGGGAGUAAAAAAGGCGAAAGGAAAGAAAACGAUAAAAUUUCUGAAGAAUAUUUUUAUGAAUUUCUUGAUAUUAAAAAUAAGAAAUCCACUUCAUCGUGCACAAAAUUUGAAUUAAUAUGCAAGCAAAUUUAUGUGUAUUGUUCAAACAGUUGCCAUUUAUCCUCAGCCUAUUUGAUUGCAUUGAUAAUGCGUUGUCUAUUGUUUCAAAUAUGGCAAACAUUUGAAUCAGAAGAGAAUAUCCUGGAAGUGUUAUUCAAGUGUAUGCAACAUCCUGAAUUCACAGUCAAUAAUUCUCCUGACAGUGGAGCUGAAAUUGAAAAUAAUAAUUCUGUUAAUCAAUCAAUUGAAUUCAAAAUACCUUUGAGAGUAUCAUCAAAAUGGAAUGCUGACUUUAUACCAAAUUUACAGCAGCUUGUUGAUAAAUGGCAUCAAACUUGUGCUCAGUUGGAAGGUGUCCUAUCGAUUGGAUUAGUGUUGUUAUGUCCAGUGUCCAACAAAUCAAAAGAUGCAACGCCCCAGCGUACUUUUGAUUUCAAUUUACAAUGCGUAUUGACUAAUGGUCGUUCCUACUUAACAGCUUUAUUUGCAUCAUGGAUUGUAAAGAAUAAUAUAUCGGCUGAACAAGUUCUCAGUUUCUAUCAAGGAUUAUGCACAAAAUCAUUGAUAAGUGAAGAUUGUAGUAGUACAAGAGAUUUAGCCAUUAUGGAUCCGGUCCACCUUAGACAAGUGAUAUUUUCACUAGCCUAUAAGCGUCUACCUUUCACACUGGAAUUAGACACAGUUUUAUCGACUGUUUGUUGGACUCACUUUCAAAUUUGGCGGGAGAAACCUGAGGAUAUAAAUAACUUGAUUGAUUGCAUAGAGUUUCUCAAGAAAUUCAGUUCAGCUGGGACAAUGAUUGCUCAAGGUUUAGGAACAAUAAUGUGGCGAAAAGGUCUUAUAGAUUGGCUUAAACCUAUUCUUGAUGUUGCAAGAGGCGAUCAUAGAAAAAUACCUCAGUUCGAAAAAAGUGGUGCUUAUUUUCCAAGGAUAUCGGAUGUGUCAAUGUGCUUAAUCGAUUUUUUUAAAAUUUACUCCUAUGUAUGCCAACGUGCUGAAGUAGUGCCAGUUUUCUCUGUUGAAGCUGAAUGGAAUGAUCCGGAUAGUUUUGAUGACAAAUCAUUACAUGUAACUAGUCGAAUUCACAAGGAUAAUGAGGGUAUUGAUUCAACUGAUUUAAAUACAGUAGAUUAUUCACCUUCUGAAUGUCUUACCAAUGAAAUGUCUUCAGAACGUUCUUUUAAGUCAGAUGGUGCAUUUGAUCGAAAAUUUUCUGUACAAGAUACUGUAAACCAACCAAUUCCUCAGUUAACCUCAAUUAACUCAUGGGAACAAGUUGUUAUUGUUGCUUCAGCAUUAUUGGUUUUCGGUCGACCUGAAAAAUUGAACAAGUCUAAUCAACAAGCUACAGAUACAAAAUUCUAUUCUCUUUCAGAUUUUUUCCCACCACAAGAUUUGUACAUGUUACUCUCACCUAAUGAUCCCAACUGGAUUAGUACUUCUGUUGGGAAAGAUGUUGGUGAUAGCCUUAUGAUUAGCCGGCGAUUUUUUCUAUCCUGGUUAAUUGAAAGAUGUGUUUCAUGUCUUUCACUCUCACCUGUUUCACAAUAUUCCAAUCGAUCUGUCAUGGAGAAUGACGAUGAAAUACCCUUAGAUGACUGUAUGAAUAAUCAUACUUUUGAAGCUGUAGAAGUUUAUCGCCGGUUUAGUUCUGCUGCUUUUACUCUAGCUCAUCAUUGGAAUUUACCAAAAGACACAGUCACUAUACUGCAUGUAGUUUCUUUGUUUGAGAAACAUUUAGACGACCAGGCACUACUUUUCUUGUCAAAAGUUCAAGAUCCAACAAAUUUGGCUGUCCGUUUGUUAUUCAUCAUUGGUCGUCGUAUAGCCUAUCGGUGUUAUGGUUCAGAGUACAAUGCUAAACAAACAUUACGUUUACGUGUAUUUAUUCCGCUGACAGUUGAAUCAUGGCUUCGUGGUUUAUUACCUGUCACAGAGUCAACCAGCAGUGAGUCAGAAUAUUGUCAGAAUUCUUUUCAACCGACUUCUGUAUCAGCGGACUUGGAGAAAUUACCUCCUCUUAUUGACUAUGUAAUAGAACACCUCCCACGCCACACUGGUCAACUGUCAAUAGCCAUAGAACUACGCGAUAUUCUUCAAGCUAUUGUACAGUCAGAUACUAUGUAAUACUUCUAAAGUGAAGAACGUCUGUACGUUUUUAUGUAUUACGUCUGAUGUGUGUUAUACUCAACUUUCCAAUUUUAUGCACACACAACAAGCUGUGUUUUUUUGUCACUAGUUUGAUAGGCAUAAGCGCUAAUAUAUUUGCAAGUUUGAAACUUGAUUACAUAUCAAUUUAACAGAGAAAGAAAUCACCUUGUAUUCACAAUGAUGCUUAAGGCGUAAUUGUUUCUCUCUUUUCCUCUUUCCGUCUGUCUGCCUGUUAGUCUAUAGAUCUGACUACUUACUUAGUGUAUGGUUCAGUUGUAUAUUCUGAAAUCUUAUGCUUCCUUUAGCUUAUUUUUGUGAAAAGUGUUCAAAUUGGUAAACUGUAGAACUGUCUGUGUGUAUAACGUGAAAUUGUUUCAAGUAUUACAAGGUUCCUUGUAUUAUUAUUAUUCAUCUUCAUACUGUUGAUUAUCUCUUUCCUUAGAGUUCAUCUCUCUAAGUCUUUUUAUGUGUUCUUCUUGUCAAGAAAAAGCAAAAAAGUGAUGGCUCAGUUGUGACUAGUAUUUUUGAAGACAAUAGUGAUAAAUAUAUUUGAAUUACAACCUUAUAUAAUUUUUUCUUCUUGAAACCAACUGUUAUUUUAUCUGUGUUUAAUGCGAAUUAUAAACGUGAAAGAAAAAACUGUGUCAAUCAUGAUGUGUGUGUGUGUUGGGUUUUUAUGCUGCAAUUCAUCAACAACCACCACACAAACAAUUGAUGAUAAUGUUGACAAAAUUUUUUUAUUUUGUGACGAUCAGAGAGAAUAGUUUUCUUUCAAGGUUAGUUUGUAACAAUCUGAUUGGCUUCAAGUGUGAUUAUUGUUAGAGAAUUGUUGAAAACCAGGGAGUACUAGACAGCUGUUUUUUCCUAGUUUGGGUCUCUUCAACAGUGCACACCCAUGCCCCCACUGAUAUUCAACCCAGAAGUUCGAGUUGAUGAAGUUCCUGAAUUCGAUCUUUGAUGAUGUCAUGGGUGCGUACUGCUGAGGAGUACCGACUCGGUCAGUAUUAGUGUGUAUAAUAUGUCAAAAAUGUAUACUUGAUCUGUUUUCCAUAGAAAUCCUAUACAUACCUAUUGGGUAUUGCCUAUUCCCAAGUGGUUAAUUACCUUUUUAAAUGGUUAAUUAGUCAAAUGUAAUGAGUUUUCUGAAGCGUUUGAAUACUGUAGAAGUUCAUGGGGUUAAAUAGUGUAGUAGAAUUUUAGCUUAAACGGAUGAUGAAAUCCAAUAUGAUUGGUUGUUCCCAUCGUUUUCUUUAGGAGUGUGUCCACUUGAACUGAAUAUUGAUUCUCUCAUUAACCUGACGCAUGACCUUUUUCUCCCAUGACCACUUCGUAUUGAUUGAUAAAGUAUUUUACAGUUCCAAGAAAACCAGUCACAGUGAAGGUUAUCAGGAGAGUUAAAAAUUUGGCUGGUGGGGAAUUGCUAAAUCCCACUUCACUGUGAAGUUACCGCUGAAGCGAUAAUGUCCAGAAGGACAAUCAAAGCUCCCUAAUUAAACCAUUCAGCUCAGGGGACACAACAAUACGAAAAACAAGUUGUGUGUUCUUCUAUACGAGUUAAAUUCCUUCAAUAACUCUCGGAGGAGUGGGAAUUAGUAUCUUGUAUCUCAUAAAAGUAACAAAUAUACACCGAGGAGAACGUUGGAUGACAUCACUGGCCAGGCCCUCGAGUGGAAACCGAAUGUGCAAUGGUGUGUUGCGGUUGGUUCGAGGGUGACAUGGAUGCGAUCAUGUAGAGAGAUGAAAACCUACAGGCAGUUGUGGAGCCAAAUACAGAGGACUGCGAAGAACGUGACGAAACGGCUAUGUGCAGUUGAAACCCUAUGUUUCACUCGUAACUCAAGGGAAUAAUAAUUAUAAUAAUCUCCUAAAGAUGAGAAUACUAUUGAACCUACAUUAGCAUUGUUCCUUUAAAAACAAUUUCCUCUCAGCAGACAUUUCAGUUUCUGUCUCAUGGUUUAUGAAUACUCUUCCGUGAAUAUUCGAGUAGACGUGCUUCAAAGUCACUUUUAGUGCAAACUUGUAUUUAUGUAAUUUGGCGACGGGUAAAACUAUGGAUUCUUCUAAAUUGGAAUUACUAUUUGAACAACAAAUGAAAUUAAUGGAAAUGUUCGUCAACCAACAGACUGGUUCAACAUCACCUUCAAGCAAUCUGAAUCAUACCAUGCUACCAUCUGUCGACGG